AUGGCCAACGAAGACUUCUGUUUAGUUAGGACUCGUCUCGGCACCUUCGCAUCACUUUACGCCCAUCCCAACAAUUCGGCUCGGCGAGAGAAGGCCUUCCAGGAUCUGGAAGAAGCCUUCGCCAUCGUCGGCCGAUUCAUCUUAGGUGCCGACGUCAAUGGUUAUUCUGCGUUAUGGGGGUCUCCCCUCCCCACCAGCAGCAGACAUGACGCCCAGUGGAAGAUUGGCGACGACUUCCUCACCAUCUGUCUGCGUGGACACGGGAUGGUCUUAAACAGGCCAGACCUGUUUCCAGACCCGACCUUUGUCGGUGGUGUUGGAAGCUCGCAUAUUGACGUCACUGUGGCGUUCGGCCGAGACUCUGCACCUAGUAUUCCCCGGAGACUACAACUACGACUCACUGACCACAAGAAGGUCGGUGAAGUUGCUGCGACCAUCCCGGACCACUCCUCUGCUGUGGAAAUCGCCGCUACACUUUCGGAGGCUGUAGCGGCCAACACCCCUCUGAUGGAGGGACGUGACUCACCUUCUUGGUGGAGUCAGAAGCUGACGAAGCUGAAACAGGGUCUCAACAAGGCGCAGAAGAAACUCCAAGCAGCCAAGAGGAACGGCGCCGUGCUCCAGAUCGAGCAUUGGCAAGAAGAGCUUCUGGAGCGACGAAGACUCUACAGGAUCGAAGUCCGCGCGGCGAAGAAAAGGGCCCGGGAUCGCUUCUAUGCAUCCCUUAAAGACUUUUCAAGCUGCAUCAGAGGCCCUAAAAGUAAGUCUUCUGCUGCUGUUCUUAACGGCAGGCCAGACUCCAACCAAGCGGAGUAUCUACUACAAAAGCUAUUCCCUCGAGACGAUGACCGACAGCGAGGUCUAGACAGAGCUGGCGUCCGUCCGAUCAAUCGAGACCUGGUGGAAGAAGUCACAGAGGACGAAGUCUUACAAGCGAUUGGAAGGUUGAAGAUCUCGGCUCCUGGCAGCGAUGGCGUCAAUGGGGAAGUCUUGAAGAAGACUGCGCCACAGCUUGCUGCUAAAUGGGCCGAAGCCUUCACAGAUAUCUUAAAGACUGGAGAAUACCCAGAGGAAUGGAAGGACGGUAAAUGUAUUGCUUUGUCUAAACCAGGUCGAGAUAUCUUCACGGCUUCUGGCUGGCGUCCUGUGGUAUUACUUCGAUGCGCUAGCAAGCUCCUUGAGUCCGUCAUCGCUGAGAGGCUUCUUCACAGCCUAGGCGACAAGUUCCGAGUGCCGGAGAUCCAUGGCUUCUGCCGCGGUCGCAGCUGCGACACGGCAUUGGAGAGGAUCGUCGAAGCCUACAAGAGUGGAAUGGGAAAGAAGGGUCACCAUACCCUUUUGCUUACGCUAGACGAAAGCAAUGCUUUCAACAGCGUUAAGCAUUCUUUUAUCAUUUCAGAGCUCAACCGUCUAGGAGUGCCACCAUACUUGGUGCGCACCCUUAGGUCAUGGCUUACCGGACAGCAGGUACACCUAGAGUUUGGCGCCGACGAAGCCUCGGUCAGCUCCCACUGGAAGCCUUCCAGGGUUAAUGUUAUCGCAUACAAGGCUACCAGAGGAAUCAUUGACCUCAACAUAAAAGUUUUCGCCCAUUAA